AAUAAAGUAAGAAACGAAGAGCAACAAAAAUACAAACAAUUCAAAGGGGGAGAGAGAGCUAGCUCAGAUAGAUGAAGUCGCGUACUCAAACGUGGAGUGGCGGUGCACUGCACAGGUGUACAAGUACAACACCAGCAGGCCGGCCGGUACCGUUGUUCGGCCAUAUAUAGGACGCACUGGUAUGUGGUAGAGGUAGCUUAGCAGCUAGCCAUGGCGGCAACAUGUGCCGCAGCUCUUGUUGUUGCGCUGAUGAUGGUGAGCUGGGCGGCGGUUCUCGCCGCCGCGUCGCUGGACACGUCGCCGGUGCCGUUCCAAGCCGGCUUCAUGCCGCUGUUUGGCGGCGACAACCUCGUCCGGUCGCCGGACGGCCGCUCCGUCCGCCUCAAACUCGAUCGCCGCACGGGCUCCGGGUUCGUGUCCAAGUCGGCGUACCACCAUGGAUACUUCAGUGCUUCCAUCAAGCUGCCCGACGAUCACACCGCUGGCGUCGUCGUCGCCUUCUACCUGUCGAACGGCGACGUGUUCCCCCGCAACCACGACGAGGUGGACUUCGAGCUGCUGGGCAACCGGCGCGGCCACGAGUGGCGCGUCCAGACCAAUAUCUACGGCAACGGCAGCACCUCCCGCGGGCGCGAGGAGCGCUACCUCCUCCCCUUCGACCCCACCCUCCGCCACCACGCCUACGCCGUCGCCUGGACCCCGACGGCCAUCGUCUUCUACAUCGACGGCACCCCCAUCCGCGAGGUGGUCCGCGUGCCGGCCAUGGCCGGCGACUUCCCCUCCAAGCCCAUGUCCGUGUACGCCACCAUCUGGGACGGCUCCGCCUGGGCCACCGAGGGCGGGCGGUACAAGGUCGACUACGCCCACGCGCCCUUCGCCGCCGACUUCUCGAAGCUCGUCCUCAGCGGCUGCCCGGCCGCCGUCGGAGUCGGAGGAGGCGGCGGCGGCGCGAGGUGCGCGGUGGCGGUGAUGACGGCGGAGUUCGCGGUGAUGACCCCGGCCAAGCGCGCCGCCAUGCGGCGGUUCCGGCGGCGGCACCUCCUCUACACCGUGUGCCACGACAGGGUACGGUACAACGGCACCGUGUUGCCCGAGUGCGACGACGCCGACGGCUCCGAACGCGACGACUUCCACAGGUGGGGCGAGUCCAAGCGCGUGUCGCACAGCCGCCGCGGGUACAGGCAGCCGCAGCAGCUGCAGCGUGAGGACAAGGACGCGGCCGGCGGCCGACCCAGCACGUGGCCGAUUGGAAGCCUACGUGCAGACUAGUAUUAAGUGACGAUCGAUCUGUGGUGUGCAAUUAGGAGAUUGAUGAGUUAAUUAGUGGACGUCGAGGAUAGACAUAUAUAGCAUUGUAGCUACAGGUGUUUCUUGCAUUGGUUGGGUUUGCAUUUUCGAGGUGCCCAAAGAUAAAGAGAUACAGUACAUUACGGCUAUGCACUCGAUCGAUCGAUGCUUCCAUAUAUAUACGGUUCUUCUUUAUGUGUGUUACCUAAAAUUUUGUAUGAACAGCUCUAAUACAAUGCAUGCAUUCCUCUA